GCAACAAAAAUGGUGACAGUGACGACAAUAUUGAGAGUGAAAGAGAAACAAAGUUUAGUAAUUCAUUCAUUCAAUCCAAUUCGCAGCAAAAUUUCAAUGAAGCUGAAAGAGUUAGAAAGUCACCUUGGUUCUCUUGACCAAUUUUCUCACCCAAAGAUUGAGCUUGAACAAUACCCAACAGGUCCUCACAUAGCUUCUCGAAUGCUUUUUACUGCAGAGAAUUCUUUUGAUGAUGUGAGCAACAAAGUAGUAGCUGACUUUGGAUGUGGUUGCGGUACUUUAGGCAUUGCAGCUGCCCUUUUGAGCGCGGAACAUGUUCUCAGCAUUGACAUUGAUCCAGAAUCUCUUGAAAUAGCAUCUCUUAAUGCUGAAGAACUUGAGCUGGACAUGGAUUUUAUUCAGUCGAAUAUCAUGGACUUGCGUUGGAGAGGUCCAAUUGUUGAUACUGUUAUAAUGAAUCCUCCAUUUGGAACUCGGAAAAAGGGUGCAGAUUUGGAAUUUCUUUCUGUUGCUAUGAAGGUUGCUUCUCAAGCUGUAUAUUCUUUGCAUAAGACUUCAACAAGAGAUCAUGUGAAACGUGCUGCCUUGAGGGAUUUCAAUGCUAGAAGUGCUGAAGUUAUCUGUGAGCUUCGGUAUGAUGUACCAAAACUGUACAAAUUUCAUAAGAAGAAAGAGGUAGAUAUUGCUGUCGAUCUCUGGCGUUUUGUACCUGCAAGUAACCAAAGCAGAAGAAUUUAGUUAAGACAGAAUUUUUGUGAUAUUGCAAUAGAUGAUGAUAAGAUAUUAAGAUUUAAAGUUAAAGAAGAAAUCUUGUUAUGUACCUAUAUAAGAAAGAUAUUUAUGUUUUUUUUUCCCUCUCUUUUUCUCUAUUACUACAAGUUUGUGUUAGACUUUGGUGAUUCCUCUUUGGUAAUAGUGCACAACUUAUGAAUUAAA